AUGAAAUUCUCGUCAUUUAGGCUGCUCACGGAUGACUUUCCGCGGCGUGCGUACGUGCCGUCGCACUCAGCAACUUUGGAGAGCACGAUAGUGAAGGGACUUCAUUUUGGGCAGCGCAAGUUGCUCCUCUCAGAGAUUGAGUUUCUCUCGGCAUACUUGGAAGCACCAAGGGCCUCCGACAAAGCGUUGCUAGUGGUGUACGCUGGUGCGGCCAACGGCUCACACCUUCCAUUUCUUUUUGGGCUCUUUGAGAAGGUGAAAUUUGUUCUCAUUGACCCUGCCCCUUUUUGUGCAAAGGUGCGAGAGGUCGCAAAGGACGCAGAAGGGCCUGUUUUAGAAUUGGUGGAGGGGUACUGCACGGAUGAGCUGUGUCUUCGCUUAUCGCGCUUGUAUGGCUCCGUAUAUGACAUUCUACUUGUUAGCGAUAUUCGCUCUGGUGAGCCACUCGUGCAGUCCAACAAGGAAAACACAGCAAUGAUUAUGCGUGAUAACGAGAUGCAGCGGAGUUGGUGUUUGUCGCUUAAAGCGCAUGCGGCUUUACUGAAGUUUCAUCCACCUUAUCCUCGCUGCAAGGAUGCCACAUCGCGGUAUUACGACAACGCCGAUGAUACUCCUGACGUUGUUGAGUACAUGGAUGGCAGUCGACUCUUCGGGGUUUGGGCGCCCAAGUCCUCUUCGGAGGUGCGCCUUUGCGUUGAAGGACCAUUUCUCUCCGGCGCAAAGGUGCCCAUGCGACAGUAUGACUGCACGGUGCACGAAGAGCAAUGCUACUUUUACAACACUGAGGAUCGCUAUGCUCGUGACUGCAUGGCAGAACGGGAUAUCUUAUCACGAUACUUGAAGGCAAAUCCCGGCUCGUACCCUGACGGGGUAGUUAGUUUCUCCAAUGCUAUUAGUAAGUUUCUGCAGUUUCCACUUUUUGUACCACUCGAGCCCUCAUUCACAGAAACUGAGGCACGGUGGGUGACCCUCCUAUAUUCGACGAGGGACCCCAAGUGCCUGGAGUGGGUUAAGCCAUUGCGGGGCCUGAUGACGCUGAAUGUCAUUCGAGAUUUGGCCAAGAGGUAUCACAACGAGAGCUCCGUUCCGUCGGAUGUAACAGUCGGAGCCAUAGCUCUCUCGAGGGAUUUCUGGAGGGUAAUGUGUACUGGCGACCUGACGGAGGCCUACGGUCUCCCACGUAUUCGUUGGCGAUUUGCUCCACAGAUCGCGUUGCGUGUGGGGAAACGAACACGCUGUUUGGGGGGGUGCUAA